UUGUGUUUUCGAGAGAGUUUCUAGAUCUGCGGAGCCGUGGCCGUCGGAUUUUCUUUGAGUUUAGUAUGCGAAUCAAAGGGCGUCAUCGAGAUACUCGAUGAUUAAACAACCUGAACUCGUCGAACCGAAAUGUUCAGAUACCCGUGUUAUUAAAGAAAACAACAGCAACUCCGAAAAAACCCAUUAUUUGCCUUCAUCAACCACCAUCUCAUAAAGAAGGAACUAACCUUUCCCGCACCUAAUCUUUAGCAUGAACUUCACAUGUUAGAAUCCUAAAACAGUCUCCAAUCACAAUAAUACACAAGUACCGCUCGAUAUCGCCUAUCCUCCUAUCAAUACACUCUAUUACUUCCCAUAUCCAACUUUUUUGCUUCUUUCCCUGUGAGGCAAGGCAAGACACAAACCAUGAUCUUCACUUUCAUUGCAUCGCAGACUCUCACUACUGCCUUCUUCUUCACAGCCCUCUACUUCCUUCAUCUGCUCAAGGACAAGUUCUCUCAACAAGUCGUCAGCUUCUCUGGCCACGGCCCGCCGACCUACCCUGUCAUCGGGUGCUUGAUAUCCUUCUACAGGAACAGGCGCCGCCUUUUGGACUGGUACACCCAACUCCUGUCCCAAUCCCCGACCAACACCAUCGUCGUGUGGCGGCUCGGCGCCAGGCGCACCAUCGUGACGGCGAACCCAGAGAAUGUCCAGUACAUGCUCAGGACCAACUUCAAGAACUACCCAAAGGGCAGACCGUUUACUGAAAUAUUGGGAGAUUUUCUUGGGCAUGGCAUUUUCAAUGUGGAUGGAGAGCUAUGGCGAACUCAGCGCAAGCUUGUGAGCCAUGAAUUCAGCACCAACUCGCUGCGGGAGUACGUGAUGAACACGUUGCACGAGGAGGUCGAGAACCAGUUGUCGCCGGUCAUGCAGUCCGUAUUGACAGAAAACAAGGUCGUGGACUUGCAGGACCUGCUGAAGAGGCUUACAUUCGACAUGAUAUGCAAGGUCUCAUUGGGGACUGCUGAUCAGCACCGUUCGUUGGAUCCCACGUUUCCCAUUUCUCCGCUCGCCGAAGCUUUCGACGUGUCAUCGGAGAUUUGCGCUCGUCGUGGGGCCGCCACUCUGUCUCUCUCGUGGAAGAUGAAGAGGUUGAUCAGAGUUGGGUCAGAGCGGAGGCUGAAGGCAGCGGUUCGAGAAGUCCAGGGAUUUGUAUCCCGGGUGAUUAGGGACAAGAUCACGGAUAUGAAUCAAAUAGCAGCUUCUGGCAAUGACGAUCUUUUAUCUCGACUGAUCUUGGCUGGGCAUGAUGAGAGAACGAUAAGAGACCUUAUGAUAAGCUUCAUAAUGGCGGGAAGAGACACGACUUCAGCCGCCAUGACAUGGCUUUUCUGGAUGCUUUCUCGGCAUCCAAACAUAAAGCAAGACUUGGUGAGCGAAGUCGAACUUGUAGUGAAGAGAAGGAAAGACUUGGACUACGAAUCGCUCAAGGAAUUGAAGUUGUUGAAAGCGUGUCUCCUGGAGUCCAUGAGGCUUUACCCGCCUGUGGCUUGGGACUCCAAGCAUGCCGUUGAAGAUGAUGUUUUGCCCGACGGCACGAUCGUGAGAUCAGGAGAUAGGGUGACCUAUUUCCCGUAUGGGAUGGGGAGGAUGGAAGAGCUGUGGGGGAAGGACUGGUUCGAGUUCAGACCGAGCCGGUGGUUUCUCAAACCGGAGAAGGGGACCAGAGAAAUAAGGAAGAUGUGCCCGUACAAGUACCCAGUUUUUCAGGCGGGGCCAAGGGAUUGCAUAGGGAAGGAGAUGGCUUUUAUUCAGAUGAAGUACGUGGUAGCUUCGAUUCUGCGCCGGUUUGACAUUGAACCGGUGAAUCGAGGUUCCCCAGUUUUCGUGCCGUUCUUGACGGCCCACAUGGCUGGCGGCUUCCCGGUCAGGAUUCGCAGAAGAAACAUCUUGUAAGCACGACGGUAAUGAAUUCGUCGGAUUGAUCGGAGCAAACGGUACCGAUUUAAGAUCAUUGUGUCAAUGCUGCAACAUCACAUUAUUCCUUUUUUGGUCCCUCGUAACUCGUCUUUUUCGAGCGAUCUUAUUGUUAUUGCUGCGCAUACGCGAGGGUGGAGUCAUGUUACGUUAGUCACGCAGUUAAGGUUUGUGUUCGUGAGAUCGACCGACCUCAGCAUCAGGCAUACUGUAGAUGAUGUGUCUCAGGUGCUAAUUCAAGUAUGUGUCAUCCAGGGGUAGGCUAUGAUUCGUUGCCUAAAUAAAAGUACGUAUUCGUGCUCAAAGAUGUCGGAAGCCAAGUUGAAUUUUUCUAGAGAAGCUUAGAGGGCACAUGGGCAUUUCGGGAUGGAUAGGUUCACGUGGAGAAGUCUUUCCAAGCGAUAAGAAAGUGAACUGAGACGAGCACUUCUCUUUUUGUGUGGUAUUUUAUCACGGAUGUCCUGUCUAACUGUUGUAGGACCUCUUUCAUUUUUCAAAUCUUUCUUUCUUCCUUCCUUCCUAUUA